ACUUUGCUUAUUCUUAUUACCCUUGCGUUCGACCAUUUGCGCAGUGACGUCAAGGUAAAUGUUGGUGACGUUUUGUGCCCUAGCGGCAGUCUGCGGCAACUACUUAUAGAAACCAAAACUGCAUUCUUCUGUGUUGUUACAUGUGAUACAUGACUAUAUAACUACUUCGUAUGGUAUUCAUUCAUAUUUAGCAUAAUCUCGUAACUAUGAAGGCUCUUAUACUCAGCACGCUCGUGCUAGCCGCAGUAAUCGUUGGAACGGAGGCUCGAAUACUUCGAGAAGGAGAGCCAGAUGUGGUACGAUACUUCGAUCAAGAAACGUUUGACAGUUUGCGCUCAGAGUUGCUUUCCCGGAUGCUGGGAACUCGUAGAAACGAGGACUCUGGUAUAGUGGAAGUCACACAGUGGCCACCUGCACACAUCACUAGCAGCCUUGGUCAGGUGUCCGGUGUAGCUGUUGACAGUCGUGGAUUGGUCUACAUAUUUCAUCGUGGUGCCACUGUUUGGGAUGCCCAGUCAUUCAACAUGGACAAUGUGUACAGUCAUCCGGAUAAGUUCAUUGACGUCCCCACAAUUUGGGUACUGGACCCCAAGUCAGGAAAAGUAUUGAAACGCUGGGGUGAAAACAUGUUCUUGAUGCCUCAUGGCUUGUACAUCGAUCCUGAAGACAAUGUCUGGGUCACAGAUGUUGGAUUACAUCAGGUUUUUAAGUUCCCGAAAAACGAAACAAAGCCAUCCCUGGUACUGGGUGAAGCAUUAGUGCCUGGAGAUGAUUCUGCUCACUUCUGCAAACCAACGGACGUCGCCGUUCUAAAUUCGGGUGUUGUAUUCAUUGGGGAUGGUUAUUGCAAUCAGCGUGUAGCAGUGUUCAACGGAGAGGGACAGUUCCUGACUGAUAUCGGUCGUGCGGAUGGCAUGUUAGUUCCACAUAGCAUUACCCUUCUGGAAGGAAACGAUACCCUCUGCGUUGCUGACCGUGAGAAUUCUCGCAUCCUGUGUUACGCAACUGGACUGUCCACUAACGGAGAGUAUGGCCUUGGAGACAUAAAAUUUGCUAAUGCCGAUGAAAGUCUUGGAAAGGUCUACGCCAUAGCUGGGCACGGCAACCGCUUGUACGGAGUUGAAGUGUACAGAAACGGUCAGCCACAUGCUGGGUUUGUGACGGAGGUUUUGGAGAAUUCCCCUAUUCAGACUUUCACACCAAAGGAGCCUUUCGUCCUUCCUCACGAUAUUGCCCUUUCUCCUGAUGGAUCCAGUAUCUAUGUUGUGGAUGCUGGAAGCAAGAAGAAGAUUUACAAGUUUAUCGCUUAAUUCUGUUCAACUAGCACUGGAAUGAGAAGCGUAAUUCAGCACAUUCCACUUCUGGCAACGUAUGGUAAGAAAUCACGUCUGAAACGUGGGCAUGAGGUUAGUAUCAAAUGACCUCGUUGGUAUUUUUUGAACAAAGUUUACUUUUCUUCUGUGAGGUGAUAGUGAUACUCACGUGUGAGUGAUAUUCAAGAUCAAUAUCAAUUUAGAUCUUGUCUCUAUCAAUGUUACUUUAGUAUUGUGAGCUCCGUGGACCCCGUGUGAUAUUUGACUUGUUUUAAAGAGAUGCAGGAAUUUAUCUAUGAACUGUUGCAGUACGGGUUACUCUAUAUCAGACCAAAGGCAGGGUUCUCCACACCAUAUGUGAUAAUGUUUUCAUGGAAUUGCUUUUGGCAUGUUCCCCUGUAUGAGUUUAGGAUCUCUCCAUAUCAGUGUUUAUUUACAUGUAAAAGUUGCUUAGAAGUAAAUAGUAUUUGUGUUUUGAAAUGUAUAUUGUAUAUGUCAUAUUACCAAUGGAGAGUGAAAAUAUUUAUACUUAUACAAUAUUGUGAACAAAUUGUUUUAUUUCUCGUGCAUUUUAACCACUCAAUUUACUCACAUGCUUGUCGUAAGAGCUAAUUUAUUGUAGAGGAUUUAGAGAAUUUCUGGUUUAACACACAACGUGCAGCAUAGUCUGUUCAUGUGAAGUCAUCCUCAGAGGAGUAGCAGAAAAGUUAACUAUACCCACUAAUUUGACAACAUCACUGCUCCAAUACAUGCUACGUACAUUUGCAAAAGACCUGUGUGCCAGAGAUGCAUGCUUUACAGCUUACAUUGAGUAGGAAGGGAUUGAACUCAAUACUUGUGCAACCAGUCGCAUGAGUUGCCUACUAUUUUGUUGAGUGCAGGAUGGCUAUAAAUUACCCAUUGUUGUUGCUCUGUUUUAGAUGUAAGUUUUAUUUCGUGGAAUGUGCAACAGUGUUUUACAUGUACCGAUAUUUUGUUGCUGGAUAAAAUUUUGUAGUAGUCUCAUGUGGGACCUGCACUGUUUGAGUACUUUCCAAUUGUGAAGCAUCUAAGUUAGUGUAUUUCUUGGUGUCAUACGAAUAACAGAAUCUUUAAAGCACUGUUGCAAUAAAGUACUAGAAAAUAUAUUUUGAACUUUUGAAGUGCAUGUAUUGUAUAUGGUCAAUGCUGCCUAGAACACGCCCGAUGUUAGAGCAUUCUUUAGAGCGGUCACUCGCCACCAGCCUCAGCUGUUUGUUUUGUACAUUGGCACUAAUGUAUAUACUGGACAUUUGUCUAGUUCUAGCAAGCAGUCACAAGCAGUCACAGGCUCUGACAACUGUUUUCUAUACAAUUCUACAUGAUUGCAACUAUAAAUUUGUGCAGUGUGAUACGUACAACGCAGCAGUUCACAAAGAGGUACCACUGCAUACAUGGAAUUCUUUUUUUAUUAUGGGCACUGGGAAGAGAAUUCUGUGGUAGUGCAACCGUUGGAUAUGCUUUCGUGGGUUACAGGACUCUCAAACAUUCCAAGAAGUGUAUAGUAUAUUAUGUAUAGUUUAUUUUGUGAUACACAUUAUUUCGAGUGUAGGGAUCCUACAUGCAGCUUGUUUUCUCUUGAUACCUUGUUCUCCUUAAAACGUUGCCGUAGAAAUGGAGGCAAAAAAUAAAGGUGUUCCAUAUA